UUCCUGGCUCUACGGUUGUCAAAAUCCAGGCCGGACGGCAAUUGGUCGAUGACAGCACAUAUCCUCUUGAAGAAAUGAGUCGGCAUCCGUAUAGCGUGAAUAUGCUUUGUGAACGGUAUGCAGUCCCUUUGUCUGAUUCGAAGUAUUCUUGUGGCCACCGCUUGUCUCGGAGCCAGAGCUCGACCGGGUCGAUUGGCGCGCACGUACCGUCGCCGACAGAAAGUGAACUUUCGGGAGCUCGCCCAUGACGUUUCGGGGAUCGAUUCUGAUCUUGAUCAAGUAUGUGGACGAGUCGUGUCGUACCACGCAGAGCGAGUAUUAGAGAGCCCUGCCACGUCCAACCCUAUUCCCUGCCCAGUGGUCCUGACGAAAUGUCAUUUGCCGUGAUUCAUUCACGCGUCGGGACCUUCUGCGUUUCUUAAUAAAUCUUGAUGCCCU